AUUAUUUUAAAUCAUAAUAGCAGUGAUAUGAUGCAGUGCAAUAAAACAAGAAUUUUAAUUUCGAGUACUUUGUAAAAUAGAAUGGCAUAUUUAAUUAUUUUAUUAGUCAUAAUUUUGGAAUCUUCCUUAACUUAUUCACAAUUAGCUGUAACAACAACAAAACAACCAUCAAGUCAACAAAGUGACUAUCCCUAUUGUUUUCGUUUUACUUGGCUUGGUGAAAAAUUCGACAAAGAUAGUGAAAUCAAAAAUCUAACAUGUGAAACAUUUCGAGGAGAUUUAAAAAAUGUGCCAUGUCGCAAACCAUUGGUUGCUACAACUAAUAGCAAGGAGCCUAAUACAUUGCUUAUGUGGGAAAAAUUUCACAAGAAACCCUUAGAAAUUGGAUGUCGAUUAGUUCGUGGGGAAUCUUGUAUAAAAUACUCUUACAUUUACAACCAAGCUGUCGAAAACAUUACGUAUAUGUGCGCCAAAGCUAAUGUCUCCAAUGGAUGUUACACUCAAAAAUACUCUACCGGACGCGAGGUGGAAGUGUGCGUUUGCGAAUCAAGUGCUGGAUCAGCGCCAUGUUUUACAUCGACUGCCGAAUCAAUACUGAAUCAAAGUAUAGCAACAAUUGUUUUUUCAAUCAUUUUUCUAGCAACAUUUUUAAGCUUUAAUAUUUAAAAAAAAAACACACAC